UCACCGACAGCACGAGGAGGAAGGAGAGCGGUUUAAAACCCGAAGAUAUCGUUAAAACCUCCAAAGACAACAUGAGCAGGAGGAGCGGCCGUGAGCAGCGGUCCUCACAGAGGUCGGCUGAGGGCGCAGGCGGUGUAGUGACAGAAAGAGCUUUAACGUUACAUGAUAAUAGCUUUGCCAUCACUGAUCUACUGAGGAAACGCCGGGAGGAGAUAGAGCUGGAGACAAAGCUCAAGGAGCGCCAACAGAGGUUGGCGAUCUUGGAACAGAACACAGAUGAGUUGCAGGGGGAGUUUAAGAAAGUGAAGGAGUUACACAAAACCUAUGAUAAGUUUCUAAAGGAGAAAGUAGUGUAUCCAGCUGCUGAGGAGGAGAGCGAAGACUUGCUUCAACUUGAAGCUAAUAAAGAGAGGCUUGAGGUGGAGUAUGUUGAAGUGAUGGGGAGGAAGCAGGAGCUACAGCGUCAGGUGCAGAGACACUCUUUGUAUCAGGACUACAUGGAGCGCAUGGUCAAAAUGACUAAGUUUAAUAGUGUGAAGGAGCUCAUCGGUCAUUUAGAGAACUGUGUCCACUUCAGGGACCAUCUCUAUCAGAAAUAUAUUGAGGUGCAGGAGCAGAUCGACCAGCAGAAAAAAACACUGCAGACACUGGAGGACCAGCAUCACUUUAUUCGGCUGCAGAAGAACAGCCAGCUGUACCAGCUCCAGGGAGAGCUAGAGAAGACGCACUCCGAGGCUCUCAUAUUGGAAAGGGAGUGGAAUCACUUUCUGGAAAGAGCAGCAAAGAAGACAAUAACACUCGGAAGGAUUAAGAUGGCAACCCUCAACCUCUACGAGAUGACAGAUGACAAGAUAGAAGGGAGGGAAGCUGUGGAUAUGAAUGACACGGAGAAACAGCUGGACAAGAUCAAGGAGUACAUUAAGGACCAGGAGGACCUCUUGAAACAAUAUCAGGUUAUCUCACAGAGACGUAAUGCACAGGAAAAAGGCAAGCCAAAAAAUGCACCUAACACAGCGUAAAAAACUUGCUUCAAAUUAACUGUAAACAGAAGUUUCCCUGUUGCUUUAAAACUGACUUCACUGAACUAGUGGAAUAGUUCAUUUAAAGUUUGUUUAUUAGUCAUAAUGUAAAACUCUGUGAGUGAACUGUAACUGUAAACUUGAAGACAAUGAACUUCAAUAAACUUAUGGCACAAAUGA